AUGGAGAUGAUUUUGGUUGAUGAAUCUGGGUGCAAGAUACAAGCUAUUGUUCGGAAGACUAUGAUUUAUAGGUUCAAAGAACUUCUCUCUGAGGGUCGAGACUAUUGUCAAGGAUGCUANAUUUCUCCAUUCGCUGAACUUUUGGAAACCAAAGAGGAUUUUGAUGUCUUAGUUGGUAGAGUUGGACUUCAGAAUGUUAUGUUUGCAUCAAAACUUGGAUUUAAUUUUGACAUCCCAGAGGUGGCAGCUUUUUGGAAAAGUUCUAUUCCACAUGGAGUUAGUGCAUCCCAACCCAUUGGCAUUGUUGGCUCUGGAAAAAAUAUCAGAAUAGAAGAAGACUUUAUGAAGCUCACACCUAAGUGUACUGUGAAGUCGCUUGAUGAUAACAACCGGGCUAGAACAUUUGUUGUACUAGCAAAACUAGCUAAAAUAGUUGAGGAUGGUCCUUGGUGGUCUAGAGUGAAGGUGUUGGUUGAGGAUUCCACUGGUGUUUCUAUUUUUGUCCUCUUUGAUCGUGAGACAAGUUACUUACUGAAUAAGAUUUGUGCUCAACUGUUUGAACAACAUCUUAAGGAUGUUGAUGUUGUGUUUAGUACACAGUCUCCUCCUAUAUUCCAAGAAAUUGUUGGAAAAACUAUGCUGUUCAAGGUUCUUAGUAGGCCUGUUGGAAUGGAGAAAUUCAAAGGGACUUAUCCAAUGAGGCGUGUUUGUGAUGAUGCUGCAAUAGUUGGAAUGUUUGAGCUCUCUGGUUCAGAUUUGAGUCCCAAAAAGGCUGAGUUUGUACCAAAAGGAGAAGGAUCAUUUGGGAGACCCUCUAAGGUUACUAAAUCACCGAAUUUGAGAUUGACUCAUUCCAGCUGCUCUGAGCUCUUUGCUGAUUCGCCUCAAUGUACCCAAAAGGAAUCAAGUGUUGUUGACUUGGGAGCUGAUGAAGAUGCUAAGUGUCUUCUUCUCAAGAAAAAGUCUUUUGAUGCUGUAAUGGAUAAGUUAAAUGAAGUGGAUAAUUCUGAAAAUUCAUGUGAUGAAGUUGAUGAAAGUGAAGAGAUGAGUAAUGUUGCAUUUUUUUGA